AGGUAUUCCGAGGAGCUCGUGAUAGUCGCGAAGCUGAGGGAUGAAAGGAAAAGAAUUUCAAAAGGUUCUUCGGUCUGACUAUAAAAGACAACAUCCGACCUCGACUCCUCAGUCUACUGCAUCAAAAUCUUGAAUCUCAAGCAUCUAGCUGAAUCCCUUGCAAUGCAUCUGUCUCUUUCCAUCAUUGCAGCCCUCGCUGCUGCUUCAGCAGCCUUCAGAAUCCCAGAGGGCGCAACCGACGGCACCUAUUUAGCCUACUACGACGAGUCAGGCAAUGAGGUCCACGUUAAAGACCCCAAUCCCAUCACCGUGGCCGGCCUCGCCUCGGCUGACACUCAGGUGCGAGCCGUGAAGAGGCCUGGCCAUUCUCGGGUCCGCCGCUCCCCGGCCCCCAGCGAGCUCUUCGAGCGCGCAGCCACGGUGUGGUGCGGUUGCGGCAACUUCUUGAACAACAUCGACUGCGACCGCGUCGUCCAACAGAUCAAGAACGACAUCAAUGCCGCGGGCGGUCAGUCCGACGUUGGACCCGGCCUUGCGUGGUACAAGAUCAGCGGCAACGUUGUCGCGUUCCUUUGCGGCCGUGGGCCUGGUAGCGGUCGCAUCUCCGAGGGUAGCUUCGCUGCGGGUCUUUCGACUAUUACGAGCGCUUGUGGUCACUAUGUCGCGGGAACCAUCGAGAAUGGCAACCUUGACAUCGGCUACAUGAACAAUGAUCCCAACGUUUGGUUCUGCGAGAGAGCCCGCUGGUCUACCAGGCAUGAGUGUUAGUUACGGGG